CGAGUCGUUUGCUAAAGCUUAACAUCAUAGUCGCGAUCGGCGGUCGGCGGUCGGUGGCCUGUGUAUUCGGCGGUUGUUGCUUACCUACUUUCUGGCUACGUGCACAGUUGGUUGAAUGGUUAGAUGGCUGCAUGCUUGGAUGGUUUGGAUGGCAGUCUAGUGAGCUGUUGGCUGUUGGCUGCUGUUUUCACUGACUUUUGUUUUUGUUGUUGUUGUUGUUGUUUUCAUUGUUGGCAUUAUUGCUAGUGGCGGUUAUGGGGAUGGUGUUAUGUUUGCUGUUUUCAUCCCAGAACGCCACUUUCAGAUGUGAAGUCGUUCAAGUCGGUAAAUUGAAGGCGGAACAACAAGGAGCGCAAGGACGGAAAGAGGUUAACACCGGGGAGGCCAAAGUGCGCGCGGGUUCUAAAUUAUACGCUAUGAUUGUGGCAAGGGAUGUACAAUUUGUGUGUGCGCACGCCAAUGCCUUUAGUCAUGUUUGCUUGUGUGUGAUCUGUGAAGCUCGUGUGUCUAUGUUUAUGUGCAUUGUAAGCUCGACUAAGCAGCACUUGGCAGGCAAGCAGUCAGCUUGCGCAUCCGUUUGCCGUUUUUGCUGUUAGAUUGCAUGCAAUGUGCCUACGCUUGUGUUGCCCCGCUGCUAUGUUUGCCACUUGGUUGAACGUGGGUAGUGCUUAUGGAUGCGGGUGGUCGGGCCGCAGACGAGCAAGUUGAUGGCGGAUUGUUGAGGUACUUGGCUCGUGCGACACCGUCUGUGUACUCGACUCUACGGACAUUCAAACAUGCAUAUGAAUGAGCGUUUGUGUGUGCAUUGCUGUGCGAGUUUGUGUGCGCGUGUAUUUGGCUUGUGCGGAAUAAUGUAUGUGUUCAAUGCGGACGGCGUGUCGGCUGGCCUCUGUAGUAUCUCUCUACCAAUAAAUAUGUAUAUGUGUGUGUUUGCGGUAUAGGUCGUAGCCACUGGCAGUGUGCGCCAGUUACUCACAAUUUUCACCGACCCGUCUUUUUAUGUCACACCCGGCUUUUGGUCGACGGUCGGCCGUCGACUCAAAACAGUAGCGAUGAUGGCAAGCAGCCUGGUCUUUUUGGGAUGCACAAGUAUUGGCGCGCACGUCAUACAUCAAGGGGCGGCAUACGCAAGCAAGGGUAGUUUAACAAGACUAUAUGGAUAUGCACAUAUAUAUGUACGUAUAAGCAUAUAGGUUGGGUUGGUAGACGGGUGGAAUGGUGAGACAGUGAGUCGGUCAAUUGAAUGGGUUUUGUCGGCUACGUUUUGAUAUGCGUCGGUUUGGUUUGGUCAGGUUAGUCCGUUGAUUUCUUUCGGUUUGGGUCGGCUUGUCAUUAUAGGUAUGAAUGUAUAUAUGCUACAUACAUACAUAUGUACAUGUUAUACGGUUGGUUGGGUUGUAGGCGCGACGAUAGCGACUAAAACCAAAGAAGCGUCAGGCGUUGAAGGGAAAGCAGAGAAAUACAUUUGAGUACACACGCCAAGGGAAUUCCACCCUGACACCAAGAGCUCAACAAGCAGCGGCGGCAAAUAACGUAAACGGCAAUUUUAGCUACGAAGGUGUCGGAGGCGAGGAAACAGAAGGAACGUACAUAGACGCAGACGAAACUUUAGCAGCAAUUGUAAAAACUACCAUACCAUAAUGUGUGUAUGGCCAUGUGUUAGACAGUGUGAAUCGCAGAUCCGCAAUGUUGACGUUGUUUUUUUCUCUAAACGCCGUUCUGCGUUGUUAUAAAUUUGAACGGAUGUAUGUACAAGUACAUACACGUACACACAUAUGCGAAUAGGUGGGCUCUAGUGUAAGCGGUUGACGAGCCACACGACAUCUCUGGAGCCCAGCAGUCGACGCACAUUGUAUUAUUUGUCUUUAAAGUCAGUUGAUAUAUGCCAAGUGAUGCUGUUUGUGAGGGCGUUGGGCUAGUUUGGCAAACAUUGUGCGAAAAGAUGCGAUUCUAUCACGAAUUACAUUAUAAAAUGCUAAACUAUUAAGGCAACUAAGUGUUUUAAAGAUUAAUACAAUGAAUGACAUUGGGUAUAUCGCUUUAAACGAAUGCAUUUAUCAAUUGGCAUUACUUGUCUUUUGCUGACGAAUCGGAGACAUACAUACAUCAAACUACUAUACGUAGCUAAUCUUUGUAGUCAUAUUGCAAUUUUAGUGCCAGACGUUGUACAUCACAUACGUCAUCAUCAUCCUCUUCACCGUGUUGGCGGUGCUCUCGUUUUGUUGAACAACGCCGAUGUUGGUGUCAGGUCGUAAGUCGAUGGCAUAGUCGUUGCGUCGUCGUGGUUUUGCACGGGCUUUAAGUCCCAACGGUUGCCGCCCAAACGCCCCAGUGGCACAGCCGCGUGCACACAACUUGCCACAACCAGUCAACCAAGGAACCAACCAACAAACUGGCGAAUGUUGCCAUUACUUGGCGUUGGCGCAUGUUGCUACAGCUACUGCUACUGGCAUUGCUCGCGCCAUUCUUGUAUUUGUUGUUGUUGUUAUACUCGUUUCUGUUGUUUUGCUGGUGGUUAGCUGACUCCAAUCUGCCGCACUCAGCUCAGCUCAACUCAACUGAACUGAACUGAACUCGAGUCGACUCGGUAUGCGACAUGCGGCAUAGCAUGCUACUGUUGUGAUUCGCUUCGACACACAUGUAUACACAUACAUACAUACAUACGUGCACAUGAAUAUAUGUAUGUUUGUACGUAGGGCAUCGUCGUCGCAGCCGUCGGCGCGGCCAGGAUAUUUAGAAAAGCACCAAGGAUAAUGAUUCAGUUUUGAUUUAAAUUCUGUUAGUUCGUCGUGCGACGUCUUGGCGUGUGGACGCUUCGAUACGUUUUCGUUUCGCCUCGUUCGAAUUUGCUUAUUUUUCGUGGUUAACAUCGUUUAGCGAAACAUUCCAUUUGAACGCAUUGUGCUUAAAGCAAUUUAACACAUCCACGUUAUCGUCAGCACCGUCGCUGACACAGUGCUAGUGAGACUGCAGACGUAAUUGUCGUUUGUGUCUGGCCUCAAUGCGAGGUAUGGUGUAGUUGUGCGGGUGGUAGAAUUUAAUUGUAGCCUACAAGUUUGUUUAAAACACACGAGUCAGCGCGCUUUCAAUUUCGUUGUGUUUAACUUGCGACGGUUGUUCGCCUUCAAUGCAUACGCACUUGUAGAGUACUCGGAUUGUGACAUUGCUAUUUCCGCACAAACUUAAGUCGGCAAAGACAAAGUGACGCUGUCUUUGAUAGCCACUUGCCUUGUGUGUUAAUGGACUAAGUGGAUUCUUAACAGUGAGGUGAUCAUGUGUACCGUGCACGCUUCUGCAACAUUUCGUUUCUCUGUUUAGUUACGGAUACGCGGGGCUUUUCGGCAAACAUGACAAUAUGACAGCAAAACGCGACAAGGAUUAUGCUAAAAGUAAAACAUCAACUGGAACAGGUUUUUCUGCGUCAGCAUCUACAGGAGCAGUAAAAUCAAUAGGUCUAGUCACAUCAUCACAAAAUGUAACAUCAUCUCAGGACAUUACGAAACGAACAAACAAGCCACUUAUGGAAAAGCGACGACGUGCACGUAUCAAUCAAAGUUUGGCCAUACUAAAGGCACUAAUUUUGGAAUCGACAAAGAAUCAGUCAAAAACCACAGAUGGGCAAACCAAACACACGAAAUUGGAAAAGGCCGAUAUACUCGAAUUAACUGUGCGACACUUUCAACGGCAUCGAAAUCUCGAUGACACAACUAUUAAUAAAUACAGAGCCGGAUAUACGGACUGCGCCAGAGAGGUUGCACGUUACUUGGCCACGCCCGAACCACCCCCUUUGGGAAAUAUCCCUUCGCUGUCGGAACCGGGGUCAAAAGCACGACUUUUGCGACAUUUGGACCAAUGCAUUGCUGAAAUUGACAUUGAGAUAUGUCCUCAUUCGACAGCGACAUAUGCCGACAGUCCAUCCAGCAGUUGUUACGAUAUCAACACUGCGCCAAAGAAACCUCAACCGGACGAUAACUCGUUGGACUAUAGUAGCCAAGACUCAAACCCAUUAGAUUUCAGUAAAGCCGCUUCAAAUGUUUUAACAUCCAAAGCAAAUUUUGUUAGUCCUGCUGGGACGCCCGUAGCACAUUCCACAAAUUCACCCUGUUCGGAGCGCCUAGGUUCACAAGAUGAGAACAAUAAUCCCGAUGGUCCUCAGGGUAGUACAGGAUCGAGUAGAAGUGAUGCAAAUAUGCGGCCAAUGAUUUCUGCUGGCGAUAUACCGAAUAUAGUCGACAUCAAUGCUGUGCAGAAUUUUGAAGAACGCAGUAAACUAUGUUCUAAUGUAUUGGACACAUACAAACAUCUUAAAGUAAAUGACCCAACAGGAAUCCUUGUGCUUCCCCCACACUAUGUUCAAUUAGCAGCAGCUUUGGGUCUAAAUACCCAUCCCGUCAUGGAUGCAAUCACCACUCGCACAGAUUUCGAACGACUGAUCGAAAUGAAUCACGUGCCUCCACUAUCAGCUCAGAUUGCCGGCAAACUUAGCACAUACGGAUCUCUACCCGGUGCUUUAGAGGCAGCACAUGCCGCUGCUGCCUAUGCAGCCACUACUAUGGCGGCAAAAGAAAAUGGUAUUCAGGCUGCUAGUACAGCAUCGCCAGUGAUUGGUAACAUCAAUAUGGAACGUCCCGCCUCUGUGCUCUCCAAUGCAACUUCUGUUGCUUCAACCUCUGUCAGCUCUAUGACAUCAACCGAUUCGCAGAAGAAUGCCACACAACAGCAACAUCAGCUAGCCCGCUUAGAUGUUAGUGCAGUAUCGACAGUGGAAGCAGCACAAUUGAAUAUGGUUAGCAAUCCGCUUUCGGCAAAUAUUGCAGCUGCAGCUGCGGCAGCAGCAGCAGCAGCCCAACACCAGUUGCAUCUACUGCGACCCAAUGAGGCUCUAGCACGGCAAGAGCAACAGCCACAAGAUGAAAAUAUGUGGAGACCAUGGUGAGACGAGCAAAUAUGAAUGUUACUUCAAAUGCAGAAUUCAAAGCUUAAAACGCGUGACAUUGUAAAUACCAAAGAUUUCUUAUAUAUACAACUUUAUAUAUUUAAAGUUAGGUAUGUAAGUUAUAAACAAAUAUGUUUUCGUUAAUAAUUUAAAGACGUUUAGCACCGUCUUAUACAUACAUAGGUAAUUAACAGCAUAUAUUGUUACAUUCUUAUCGGAAGAGGUAAUCAGCGUUGUAUAUUAUAUGGUAUAAAAAUUAUAACGCAGCAUCUUUCCUAGGAACUCGUUUGGAUAAUUGUAUUUCUUUUUAUUAUUAUAUUUUCAAGAUUAUGACGUACUUAUUAAAUAGCUCGAAAAUUUAAAGAUUAGUAUACACAAAAAAACAAUUAGUUCGAGGGAAAAUCGCAUCACUUGUAUUUUCUUAAUGAGUAAUUUAAAUAUGCUUCUUGUUCUUCGAAUUUGUUUUUAAUAUUAUACAGCACUUUCUAAAAAGGAAUGACAGUUUGUCGAAUUAGACUUCAUCUUAAUCGCUGAACGCGUUUUCAGGCAAUUGUUGCAUUCGCGUAUUUUUCCAGUAAAUACUAUUUAUGAAACGUGACAUCAUUUAUUUCGCGAGCAUCUUGUUUUGGUAAACACUUGGGUUUUUUUAGACACAUAGUUUUAAAACAAAAACAAAAACGCAGCCUUAUGUCAGCAAUAACGCACCGAAUAUUCUUUUCCAAUGCGUCAAUCAUCUCGGGCUUGUCUGUCUAGACAAUUGACUUUAUAUAACCCCACAACAAAUAGUCCAGCGGUGUUAAAUCGCACGUUCUUGGAGGUCACGACAUAGGCCCACGACGCGAGAUAACGCGCUCAACAACAUAAUUUGAUUGUUUCGUUGACUGUAUGGCAUGUAAUAAUAAUAAUAACCCAACGAUUAUCCUCCUUCUACCCAAUUAAAGCGAGGGGCGCAAUCCGCAUGCGUGCCGAAUUAGCCGAGUUUUUAAGCGUCGAGAAAAAACUUCAACAGCUAAGAUUUAAAAUUACGUUAUAAUAAAUUGUUAUGAUUUUAUUUAUUAAGAAAAAGCAAUGUAGCAAUAAUCAUGGCUCUAACUGUAACUGGCCGACUUAAUUUUUGAAGAAGUAUGAACCAAUGAUUCACCCUGCCCAUAGAGUACAUCAAACAGUGACUUUUUGAAGAUGCAACGGCGUCUCAACAAUGUCUUGUCGAUUCUCCAAACCACUCCAAAUGCAACAUUUUUGUAUAUUAACGUACCCAUUUAACGUUAAGUGAACGUUAUCGCUGAACAAGAUUUACAUGUGAAAAUCGAGAUCGGUCGUCAUCUCGUUUUGAGCCCAUUGACAGAACGUGCGACGCGCUUGAUGGUCGUUCGGCUUCAAUUCUUGCACGAGUUGGAUUUUGUAAGCAAAGAAAUAUCCUCCCGCGAAAUCUACCGUAAGUGAACUCACUCUGGUCUUCUUCGAUACCACUAAAUUAAAAGUGGUGCGAAACCGAUUCAUGGUUGCUCGAAUUACCGAUCAGUACCGCGCGUACUGAACCAUUUUUUAGUAAAAAAAUGUGCACUAUUUGCAAACGUUGUUUCGUAGUAAGUCUAUUCGUUUUGAAAUGGCAAACCAAAAGUAUUGCCUCCUUGAAAACCACACGUCUAAAAAAACACUCAUUAUCUUACAAAAGAAUUUCAAACUAUACACAAUACCGUAUGUAUUGAUCCAUAUGUAAGAUAUCUUAGCAAAGUUACGUAAAACCGUGAAACCGUAAAAACCGUGUAAAAUGUUUGAAAUCGGUCAACAAAUUACCCCAGCUGUCUUAUACUACAUACCCACAAUGAUUUUCGUUUUCUAGCCAUCAUGACAUAUAUACAUAUGUCAUAUAGUCAUAAUCAUGGUACGCGAAUGCAACUAGAAAACUAAUUUACAAAAACCUCAUUUAGUAUGUUUCAAGUUUUGUUAUGACUUAAGUCCGUAUUUUGUAAAUGUUUAUAAUUUGUGAUCUGUAGCUAUAAUCAUUUGUGACCCAAUGUAGACUUGUUUAAAAUUUAAGAGGAAAAACAUAAAUAUAUAUAAAAUGUAUGUACAUAUACCAUAAGUAUUAAUUAAAUUAUGAAUGUGUUAUAUUAUUGUAUAUGAUUAAUUAUUAUGAAUAAGCAAUUUUGUGUUAAAAAUCACCAAAGGAUAUGUUAUCUGCAUUUAUAGUUGCUUGUACAUAUGUACAUAUAAACAUUUAUGGGCAUAAUUUAUAAUUAUGACAAUCUAACUGUAAAUGACCGUUGCUUUAUGUUUAAUAUUUAUUUUCAAACAACUUUCUAAUCAUAUAUGAAUAUACUAUAUGUACAUAUGAUUACAUAUUUGAAAUUAUUUGCUGUUUUUGUAUUAAUUUUAAAUUCCGGAGCUAUAUAUUAUAUGUAUGUAGUAUUGAUAUCUGAAAGAUAAAGAUACUUGCAAAAUACAAAGGCAUAUAUGAAUAAAACGUGUGUUUACAAAUAUGUUAUGAACAAGCUAGACUAUAUAUGUUAGCUUUGUAUUUACAUAUAAACGUGCCAGUGCCAAAGAGACUAGUACAUAAAAUAGAUAUAGUCAUAUAUAUGCAUAUACACAACUUUAUUUGCGGCAUACUAGCAUAAACAUAUGUGUAUAAGAUAUUAAAUUGAAUGUAUGUAAUAUAAAAAAAAAUAAAUUCUUAUUUGUCCAAAAAA